AUAAUUAUCAUCGAUAGAAAUACACCACACCUAAUUCAUUCAAUAUCCAUUUUAUUCUGACCUAUUUCAGCAAAUAUUUCGUAUUGACACGUAGGUCUAUCUCUGCAGGUUCGAUAUAAUCCUUAUCAUUCCUUAUCACAAUAUAGAUAACAUAUUCGAUUUCCAAGUUUGUCAAAGUGCUAGGAAAUGUGCAUUAAAAAAUACUGAAAUCGAGUGAAUUUUUGUGUUAUUUGUUUUUUUAUUAGUCUCUUGUGAAAAUGCGUGAAAUAGUUCAUGUGCAGGCGGGCCAGUGUGGCAACCAAAUUGGAUCAAAGUUCUGGGAGGUCAUCUCCCACGAACAUGCCAUUGGUCCAGAUGGUAUAUACGCGGGCAAUAGCCCGAUUUUGGAAGAGAGACUCAAUGUGUACUACACCGAAGCCUCUAGUGGUAAAUAUGUGCCCCGCGCUGUUCUGGUCGAUUUGGAGCCAGGGACCAUGGACUCCGUGAGAUCUGGCCCCUAUGGAGGGCUGUUUAGACCAGACAACUUUGUGUUUGGACAAAGUGGGGCUGGUAACAACUGGGCCAAGGGUCACUACACAGAAGGCGCUGAAUUGGUCGACGCAGUGCUCGAUGUGAUUCGUAAAGAGGCUGAGGGAUGUGAUUGUUUACAAGGAUUCCAACUAGCCCACUCCCUUGGAGGUGGUACAGGUUCUGGUAUGGGAACACUGCUUCUCAGCAAGAUUCGUGAGGAAUUCCCUGACAGGAUCAUGACUACCUUCAGUGUGGUGCCGUCCCCCAAGGUAUCAGAAGUGGUCCUAGAGCCAUACAACGCAACUCUAUCCGUACAUCAACUCGUCGAAAACACGGACAUGACAUUUUGUAUAGAUAACGAAGCGCUAUACAAUAUCUGCUUCAGGACGUUGAGAUUGGCCAGCCCUACGUAUGGCGAUCUGAAUCAUUUGAUUUCGAUGACAAUGUCAGGUGUAACAACAUGUCUUCGCUUCCCGGGACAAUUGAACGCAGACCUACGCAAGUUAGCCGUUAACAUGGUGCCCUUCCCGAGAUUACACUUCUUUAUGCCUGGAUUCGCUCCAUUGACCGCAAGAAACUCUUUCGACUACAGACCUCAAAACGUGUCAGAGCUUAUGAGCCAAAUGUUCAACCCCGGCAACAUGAUGACCGCGUGCGACCCCCGACACGGGCGCUACCUGACCGUGGCGACCAUGUUCCGUGGUCACAUGUCCAUGCGGGAAGUGGACGAACAGGUUCUGGCCAUACAGAACAAGAACUCCGGAUACUUCGUAGAAUGGAUUCCAAAUAACCUCAAAGUUUCUGUGUGCGAUGUACCGCCAGCCGGACUCAAGAUGGCCGCCACAUUCAUUGGCAAUACUACAGCUAUACAAGAGAUAUUUAAGCGUAUUUCUGAACAGUUUACUGCUAUGUUUAGGAGACGGGCUUUCCUCCACUGGUAUACAGGCGAAGGUAUGGAUGAGAUGGAGUUCACAGAAGCGUCCAGCAAUAUGAACGAUUUGAUAUCGGAAUAUCAACAAUAUCAGGAGGCCCAAGUUGAUGAUGAAGAAAUCGAAUUGGACGAUGAAGAAAUUGAUCAACCACACAACACUAGCGCCAUGGUCGACAUGGACUAAUAAAAUAAUAUUUAAAAUCAUUCCAAAUAUCACUGCCGUUAAAUAAUUAUAAUUUAUAUUGACAAUAGACCAAAAUAAAUAUACCAAUAAAAAAAAAU